AUGACCUCAUCGAUCGUGACGGAUGCGUGUGGAGCGAACUCGAUGAUCGGGGCGUUCGUGUUCGGGCUGAUCAUCCCGAGUGGGGAGGUGGCCAUGAAGCUGAUGGAGAAGCUGGAGGACUACGUGAAAGGGGUGUUGAUCCCUGCGUUUUUCAUGGUCAACGGGGUUCGAACCAGUGUGCCCAUCCUCCUCGACCCGGAUUUUGGAACGCCGGUCUAUGUCAUCCUCCCUCUCAUAGCCACGGCUUGGUCGUCGAAGAUUGUCAGCACUUUCGUCUUCUCCAAACUUGCAGGGAUGGGUGCUCGGGAAGCCUUCACUCUAGGAGUCCUCAUGAACACGAAAGGUGUUCUGGCGUUGAUCGUCAUCAACACCGGCCGCAACAUACAGGGGUUCAACCAACCCAUGUUCGCGGUGCUCAUACUCUCAAUGUUGGUAAUGUCCCUAACGGUGACGCCCUUGGCGAAAGCAGCAAACAAGUCGAGCAGGAGAUCCAACAAAUUCCAGCUCAGAACAGUGGAGAGCAACAAGCUGGAGUCGGAGCUAAGGAUCCUAACGUGCAUCCACUCGACCCGCAACCUGUCCGGGAUGAUCAACCUCCUCGAAUCCUCCAACGCCAGCAAGCAGUACCCGAUCUGCGUCUUCGCCCUCCACUUAGUCCAGCUCACCGAGCGACGCGCCACCGCAAUGCUCAUCGUCCACGACAACAACAACAGCAACAACAACAACAACAACAACAGUACUUCCCAUCGCAUGUUCGACGGCGGCUCGGGAGGGCAGCACCUGACCCGCCGGGAGGAAGAGUCGAAGCACAUCAUCGCGGCGUUCGAGAGCCUCGAGAAUCGAGGCGCGUCGGUGUCGGCUCAUUCGCUCACCGUGGUGUCCCCGUACACCACGAUGCACGAGGACAUCAGCUGCUUGGGGGAGGACAAGCGGGUGAUGCUUGUCCUCGUCCCUUUCCACAUGCAGGCCGACGUUUAUGGCAGAUUGCAGGAGGAGAAUUUGAACUGGAGGACUGUGAAUCGGAACCUCAUGGCGAUCGCCACGUGCUCCGUGGGGAUACUGGUGGACCGCGGCCUUGGCGCCAAGGACAAGGCCGCGGUCCAGCAGCCGCAGUACUCGUCGUUCGCGGUCAUUUUCGUCGGAGGACCGGAUGACCGCGAGGCGCUCGCUUUCGGAUGGAGGAUGGCGAAAUCGCCCAACGUCAACCUCACCGUCCUGCGACUCCUCCCCGUCGUCGACGAUGAUCGCACCGACGACGAUUUGAACGAAAAAUUGGAAGGAGCGACAGAAGAAGAAGAAGAUGAAGAAGGAGGAGGAGCCGACGCCACCACGAGGCAGAACAAGGGAGAGGAGAGGGAGCUGGAUGACGAGUACGUGAACGAGUUUAGGUUCAGGACGAUGCACGACGAAAACAUAAACUACGUGGAGAAGCAGGUGACGACCGGGGAGGAGGUGAUCACGACGAUCGGGCGGCUCGUGCCAUCCUGCGACCUCUACAUCCUAGGGCAGAGCAAAAACACGACAUCGUCCAUCAUGUUGGGACUGUCGGAAUGGAUCGAGUGCGAGGAGCUAGGCGUGCUCGGAGAUACGUUGCUCGCCUCCGAAUUCGCGGAGCAUUCCUCCCUUCUUGUUAUCAAGCAACAUUAUGUUCCCGGGAUGCCUAGGCGCAUUCACCAUCACAACAACAACAACAACAACAACAGCUACGACAAUGGCAACAGUAGGGUACUGCCUGGGUAUGCUAAUAGCAGUAAUGUCUACAAUAGUGCUAGCAAUGUGGCCGCCAGCCAAACAUCCAUGUCGUGGCAAUCGUCGAAACCAAAAACUCCUUACUCUUCUUCCCAAGUUCGUUGAGUACAAUCUGUAUAUACAAAUCCAAUUUGAAAGACAUUCUCAUUUGAGUCAUUUCUGUUCGGCUAGAAAGUCUGCCCG